GCGGUGUCUUAACUGACAGAAGGAAGUAGUAAACAUUGGAUUCUAGCGGAGCAGCGAGUUCAAAUCGAUGUUUGGGAGAACAAUUUUUAUUUUACGCAGCGAACUGUAUCAGAUUGUUUACAAUGGAGACGAGACAACAGGAGCUGUACUCUAGUGUACUGAGUGGCUGUAGAGUACUGACCGAAGGUGCGGGGGAUUGGGAGAGAGGACAGGGGCAUCUCAGGACAGGUCUGUUGGACCCAGAGCCUCUAACGGAAGUAGACGAAGAGAUGGUGUCAGAAGUGGACCUCAACACCACUGUGACCGACGAAGAAAGGGAGGAAAUACUGAGUGAACUCACUAAGUUGGAGGAUGAAAUCUCCACCCUGAGGCAAGUGUUGGCCUCCAAAGAGAAGCACCACUCAGAGCUCAAAGCCAAACUGGGUAUAACACCACUCAGUGAGCUCAAACAAAACUUCAGCAAGAGCUGGUAUGACAUGCAGACUUCCAUUGCGUACAAAAAGACAUCGGAGACGCUGAGCACGGCAGGCCAGAAGACGUCAGCAGCGUUCACCACACUGGGAACAGCCAUCAGCAGGAAGUUUGGGGAUAUGAGAUCUAAUUCACUUGGGCAAUCAGAUGAUGGCUACUCUAUCCGCCACUCAAUGAGCAUGCCCGCUAUGAGGAACUCGCCAAGUUUCAAGUCCUUUGAGGAGAAGGUUGAAAGCACCGUUUCCAACAUAAAGCAGACAAAGGUGGGAAGCCAAGGAGGUGGAGGGAGUUUUGAGGAGGUGCUCUCUUCAGCAGCCCAUGCUAGUGCCCAGGAAACCCCCAGCAACAACCUGUCUGAGGAAAGCAGUGACCAUGAGAGGACCUGCUAGACCAGAGCCUGAAUCACUCAAUCAAGAAUAGCAUUAAUCUUCCCCACAUCCGUCCAGGGCCAAAUUACUAUACCUCACAAGAAGAAUGUACUGUACAUCAGUGUUUCCCAAACCUGGUCCUCAGGACCCCAAGGGGUGCAUGUUUUUGUUUUUGCCCAAGCACUCACACACCUGUUUCAAAUGUUG